CCGCCCCACGCUGGUGCGUGCAGCUGCGUCAUAAAGCUCGGCGGGCGUCACAGGCCUUGCGGCCCCGCCCAGCACACGCACCGAAAUGCGCAUGCGCAAAAAGUCCCCCGGGUGGAGCCGCCCCUCCCACAGCCUCGACCUCCUCGGAGUUCACCCAGAGAGGAUUUCCUGCCUGUGGCGCGGCUCUUUGCAGUUGAAUAUCUUGCCCGCGGAGUAACUGAAUAUAAAGACAGUAGGGUCGUCGUGCUUGUUUCUGUAAACAUUGAACAAAUAUUUAUUAGGGCUCGCGAUGUUUACAAUGCUGUUCUAGUGGAGAAAGACAGACGCUUAAAAAAAGUUAACCACAAUAAGAAAACCGCUUUUAGGAGAGAAAUGAGAACAGGACUUGAAAUGCUUACGAAGCCUUUCAAGGUUGUCCCAGGCCACUAAGAAGAUCAACAUCUCCCCACCAAUGCCCAUCACAGUUAACGGCAACUCCAAGCUCCCACUUGCUCAGACCAAAAACCUUGGCUCAAACCCCUCAGAUCCCAUUAAUCAACCCCCUUAAAAAGCUACCUUCACAGUGGGGAGCCAUGGCAACCGUUCUGACUACAGGAGGGACGUGAUGGCAAAGACCUUUAACACUGAUCAUUCUGGCUGCGAUGGGGAGAACAGACCGUAGGUGGACAACGGUAAGAGCAGGGUGACCUGUUAACUGGGAGCAAAAAAUGACGGUGGCUUGGAGGGGGUGAGAAAUGGCUCCCCACUGCCCUCGGUGUAAAAGUUAAAGUCCCUUUGCUCAAAUGUAACUUUCUCAGUGAGACCUUCUAUGACCAUGCUCUUUUUAAAGUUGCAACCCGGCACACUUCUCUUCUCUUUACCCAGUGUGUUUUCCUUUUUUGCCCAGCACUUAUUUUCCUUUCUAACAUACUGUAUAGUGUACUCAUCUAUUGCAAUGGUUGUUUAUUGUCUGUCUUUGAGUAUUUUUGUUUUUCAUUUUAUUGCUGCACACCCAGAGCCUAUAACCCUGUCUAGGAUAAAUGGGUAGUUGUGUGGCCUUGUUGUUAGGUGCUGUUGAGUUGGUUCCGACUCAGAGCGACCCUAUGCACAACAGAAUGAAACACUGCCCGGUCGUGCGCCAUCCUUACAAUCAUUGUUACGCUUGAGCUCAUUGUUGCAGCCACUGUGUCAGUCCGUCUCGUUGAGGGUCUUCCUCUUUUUCACUGACCCUCUACCAAGCAUUAUAUCCUUCCCUAGGGACUGGUCCCUCCUGAUAACAUGUAAUGGAUGUUUGCAGCUGUUUCUUCUCAUUUUGAGUUGUGCUACGUGAACAAAUGAAACUUUACUCCAUUCAUGUCAUUAAAGUCACCUCUCCUUUGAGGAGGCAGCUCUUCCCCAGUCGUCCUUUGAGUGCCUUCCAACCUGAGAGGCUCAUCUUCCAGCACUAUAUCAGAUAAUGUUUCACUGCUAUUCAUAAGGUUUUCACUGGCUAAUUCUUUUCAGAAAUGGAUCUCUUGGUCCUUCUUCCUAGUCUGUCUUAGUCUGGAAGCUCAGCUGAAACCUGUCCUCCAUGGGUGCCCCUGCUGGUAUCUGAAUACCGGUGGCAUAGCGUCCAGCAUCAGAGCACCACACAAGCCCCCACAGUAUGACAAACCGACAGAUGUGUGUCUGGUCUUAGGCAGGUCUUUUGCUUCUAUGCUCCUCAGUUGCUUCAUCUGUGUCUACUUUGCAGUGUUGUUGUGAGUAAGCUGCAGAGACAAAAAAAAGUACCAGGUGACAAUAACCCAAAAUAAAUCAAACUCACUGCUGUGGAGCCAAUUCUGACUGAUAGUGACCCUAUAGGACAGAGCAGAACUACCCCAUAGAGUUCCCAAGGGUUACAAAGCAGACUGCCACAUCUUUCUCCUACGAAGGAGCUGGUGGGUCAAACUGUCGACUUUUUGGUUAACAGACCUUUUGAUUAGCAGCCCAGCACUUUAAUGACUGUGCCACCAGGGCUCCUUAAGAUAGAUUAAAAAAAAAAACAGGUAACUAAAUGUCAGGCAACUAUGUGCUAUGGAAAAAAAUAAAGCAAGGGGGGGUAUCAGUAGUGCCAGAAUUUGAGCAUAGUGGUCCAUAAUUGAACUCAUUAUGAAGGCAAGACUUGGACCAAGAUUUGAAGGAGGUGUGCAGUUGAAACAUCUGGGGGAAUGUGUGUCAGGGAGAGGAAAUACCAAGUGCUAAGGUCUAGGGGCACAACUGUGCUUGGUAUUUUAAGGAAGAGCAAGAAGGCCAGUAUAGCCGAAGCAGAGUGAGUGAAAGGAAGAGUAGUUGGAGAUGAGACCACAGAAAUUGGGGGCAAGGGGGUCGUAGAUCAUGUGGAGUGCUCUAAGCCACGGUUAAGAUGUAUGAUUUUACUUCUUGAGGUCAGAAUCUGUUGGAGGAUUUUUGAGUUUCAUAGUUUUAAAAAGUUACUCUGUAGCAGCUGUGUGAGGGGCAAGGCUAGAAGCACGGUGGCUAUUAAGGUACAUGCUUACUGUUGCUUGUGCAAGUGGACUCCAGAAUGUUCAACAUCAUGCUAAAUUUCUCUUACUGCUGCUACUAAGGAAGAGGGUUAGAGAUAUGAAUACAAAUUGAGCUCCUCUUCGCCUUGACCUCCUUCUUCCUCUGUCUUUUCCUUAAAAGUUCUUAUUAAAGCAGCCUUCUAAUACCCUACUACUCUCAGAGGUGAACGGGUUAAGCUUUAGCUCAGCCUCCUUUUUUCCUACUUCAGUUCUUCCUGUGGAUGCUGUCCCCUGCCAAAAAGGAAGCUGUCCUAUCAGUUAGUGCUGAUGCUGCUGUCCCACCCUAAAAUUCUCUGGGAAAAUGUUGGAACUUUUCACUAAAUCAUAGGAAUUUUACCUUUUUUCUCCUGGGCGCCAAAGAUAUUUUAGAGAAGAAUUACUCGUAUGUUUUUCUAGUUGAACAUUUUCUAGCAUUAAGAGCCAUGCAAAUAGAGCUCUCUGUCUGCUUCUUUUUGUGCCUCCUACCAUUUAGCUUUAGUGCCACCAGAAGAUACUAUCUUGGCGCUGUGGAACUGCCCUGGGACUAUAUGCAAAGUGACCUGCUGGGUGAGCUACACACAGAUACAAGAUUGCUUCCUAGAGUUCCAAGAUCUUUUCCACGCAACACCUCAGUCAUGUUCAAAAAGACUGUGUUUGUAGAGUUCACGGAUCACCUUUUCAACAUCGCCAAGCCCAGGCCACCCUGGAUGGGUCUGCUGGGUCCUACCAUCCGGGCUGAGGUUUAUGACACAGUAAUAAUUACACUUAAGAACAUGGCUUCUCAUCCUAUCAAUCUUCAUGCUGUUGGCGUAUCCUACUGGAAAGCUUCUGAGGGAGCUGAGUAUGAUGAUAAGACCAGCCAAAGGGAGAAAAAAGAUGAUAAAGUCAUACCUGGUGAGAGCCAUACCUACAUCUGGCAGGUCCUGAAAGAGAAUGGUCCAAUGGCCUCCGACCCACCGUGUCUCACCUACUCAUAUCUUUCUCAUGUGGACCUGGUGAAAGACCUGAAUUCAGGGCUCAUUGGGGCUCUGCUGGUAUGUAGAGAAGGGAGUCUGGCCAAAGAAGGGACACAGAUCUUGCACGAAUUUGUAUUACUUUUUGCUGUAUUUGAUGAAGGGAAAAGUUGGCACUCAGAAGCAGAUGAAUCCUCGGCACAGGGUGUGGAUGCUGCAUCUACUCUACCCUGGCCUAAAAUGUACACAGUUAAUGGCUAUGUAAAUAGGUCUCUGCCAGGUCUGAUUGGGUGUCACAGGAAGUCAGUGUAUUGGCAUGUGAUCGGAAUGGGCACCACCCCUGAAGUACACUCAAUCUUCCUGGAAGGUCAUACAUUUCUUGUGAGGAACCAUCGUCAGGCCUCUUUGGAGAUCUCACCAAUAACUUUCCUUACUGCUCAGACACUCCUGAUGGACCUUGGCCAGUUUCUACUGUUUUGUCAUAUUCCUUCCCACCACCAUGAUGGCAUGGAAGCUUAUGUCAAAGUAGAUCGCUGCCCAGAGGAGCCCCAAGUACGGAAGAAAAAUACUAAAGAAGAGGAAGAGUAUGAGGAUGACCUUUAUGAUUCUGACAUGGACUUGCUUAGGUUUGAUGAUGGCAACUCUCCUCCCUUUAUCCAAAUUCGCUCAGUUGCCAAGAAGCACCCUAAAACUUGGAUCCAUUAUAUUGCUGCUGAUGAGGAGGACUGGGACUAUGCUCCUGCAGUCCUCCCCUCCACCGACAGAAGUUAUAAAAGUCAAUAUUUAAACAAUGAUACUCAGAGGAUUGGUAAGAAGUACAAAAAAGUCCGAUUUAUUGCAUACACAGAUGAAACCUUUCAGACUCGUGAAGUUAUUCAGUAUGAAUCAGGAAUCCUGGGACCUUUACUCUAUGGAGAAGUUGGAGACACAUUGUUGAUUAUAUUUAAGAAUCAAGCAAGCCGACCAUAUAACAUCUAUCCUCAUGGAAUCACUAAUGUCAGUCCUUUGCACUCAGGGAGAUUAUCAAAAGGUGUGAAACACUUGAAAGAUCUUCAGAUUAUGCCAGGAGAGAUAUUCAAGUAUAAAUGGACAGUGACUUUAGAAGAUGGGCCAACUAAAUCAGAUCCUCGGUGCCUGACACGAUAUUACUCUAGCUUCAUUAAUCUGGAGAGAGAUCUAGCUUCGGGACUCAUUGGCCCUCUCCUCAUCUGUUACAAAGAAUCUGUAGAUCAAAGAGGAAACCAGAUGAUGUCAGACAAAAGAAAUGUCAUCCUGUUUUCUGUAUUCGAUGAGAACCGAAGCUGGUACCUCACAGAGAAUAUGCAGCGCUUCCUCCCCAAUCCAGCAGGAGUGCAGCCUCAGGAUCCAGAGUUUCAAGCCUCCAACAUGAUGUACAGCAUCAAUGGCUAUGUUUUUGAUAACUUGCAGUUAUCAGUUUGUUUGCAUGAGGUGGCAUACUGGUACAUUCUAAGUGUUGGAGCACAGACCGACUUUCUGUCUGUCUUCUUCUCUGGAUAUACCUUCAAACACAAAAUGGUCUUUGAAGACACACUUACCCUAUUCCCAUUCUCGGGAGAAACCGUCUUCAUGUCAAUGGAAAACCCAGGUCUGUGGGUUCUAGGGUGCCACAACUCAGACUUUCGGAACAGAGGCAUGACAGCCUUACUGAAGGUUUCUAGUUGUGACAGGAACACUGAUGAUUAUUAUGAGGACAUAUAUGAAAAUAUUCCAACCUAUUUGCUGAAUGAAAAUAGUGUCAUUGAACCCAGAGCCUUUUCCAGGAAUUCAAGGCACCCUAGCCCUAGGCAUAAGCAAUUCAAGGCCAGCACAGCUCUAGAAAAUAACAUAGAGAAGAAGGAACCUCGGUUUGGAGAGGGAACACAGCUGCUUAAAGCACAAAGUGUCUCCUCCAGUGAUUUGUUGAUGCUCUUGGGAGAGAGCCCUACUCCACAUGGAUUAUCCUUAUCUGAUCUCCAAGAAGCUAAAUAUGAGGCUAUUCCUGAUGUCCCUUCACCUGGAGCAAUAGAAAAUAAGGAGGGCCCAUCUGAAGUGGGAUGCCUCAGGCCAGAGCUCCAUCGCAGUGAGGACACAGUAUUUACUCCUGAGCUAGGCCUCCAAUUAAGAUUAAAUGAGAAUUUGGAAACAACUGUAACAGAAGACUUGAAGAAACAUGAUUUAAAAGUUUCCAGUUCAUCAAAUGAUGUAAUGACUUCACCAAUAAGUUCAUCAGACAACUUGCCAUCAGACACUGAAAAGACAGAUUCCCUAGGACCCAUGAAUACUCCAGUUCACUUUAGUAGUCAACUAGGCACCGUUCUAUUUGGCAAAAAGUUAUCUCCCCUUAUUGGGUCCAGUGUGCCUUUGCACUUAAGUGGAACAGAUAAUGAUUCCAUGUUGUUAGAAGCAGCUUUAAUGAGUAGUCAAGAAAGUUCACUGGGAAAAGAGUUAUCAUCAAUGGAGAGUGAUAGGUUAUUUCAAGAGAAAAAAGUUCAUGGACCUGCUUCAUUGACCAACGAUAAUGCUCUAUUCACAGUUAAUAUUUCUUUGGUAAAGGCAAACAAAACACCCAACAACUCAACAACUAAUAGAAAGACUUACAUUGAUGGCCCAACAUUAUUAAAAGAGAAUAGUUCAUCAGACUGGCAAGACAUAUUAAAAAAUGAUGCUGAGUUUCAAGAAGUGACUUCUUUGAAUCGUAAUGAAAUGUUUAUAGACAAAAAUACUACAGCUUUGGGGCUAAAUCAUGUAUCAAAUAAAACUACUUCAUCAAAAGAUAUGGAAAUGGUCCAUCAAAAAAAAGAGGACCCUUUGUCACUAGAUGCAGAAAGUCCAGAUAUGUCAUUCUUCAAGAUGCUGUUCUUGCCAGAGUCAGCAAAUUGGAUAAAAAGGACCCACAGAAAGAGCUCCCUGAGCUCAGAGCAAGGGCUUACUCCAAAGCAAUUAAUAUCCUUGGGCUCAGAAAAUUCUGUGAAAGAUCAAAAUUUCUUGUCAGAGAAGAGUAAGGUGGCAGUAGGAGAGGAUGAAUUUACAAAGAACACAGGAUUCAAAGAAAUGAUUUUUCCAAACAGUAAGAACAUAUUUCUUACAAACUUAGCUAAUGUACAAGAAAAUGAUAGCCAAAAUCAAGAAAAAACAAUUCAGGAAGAGAUAGAAAGGAAGGAAACAUUAAUCCAAGGGAAUGCAGGUUUGCCUCAAGUGUUUCCAGUGACUGGCACUAAGAAUUUCCUGAAGACACUCUUCUUACUGAGCACUAGGCAAAAUGUUACUGUAGAAGGCUUAGAUGAGGUAAGUUAUGCAUCAGUACUUCAAGAUACCAGGUCACUGAAUGGUUCAGCAAAUAGAUUAGGGCUUCACAUAGCCCAUUUCUCAAAAAGAAGAGAGGAAGAAAACUUGGAAGCCUUGAGAAAUCAAACAAAGCAAAUGGUAGAGAAAUAUCCAAGCCCCACAAUGUUGUCUUUUAAUCCAAGUCAGCAGAAUGCUAUCAUUCAACAUAGUAAGCAGGCUUUGAAACAAUUUGGACCCCCACUAGAAGAAAUAGAGCUUGAAAGGGGGUUAACUGUGAAUGACACCUCAACCCUGCAGUCCAGAGACAUGAAGUAUUUGACCCACGGCACCCUCACACAGAUAGACUAUAAUGAAAAGGAGAAAAGUGCCAUAGCUAAGUCCCCCUUAUCAGAUUAUUCUAUAAGGAAUUAUGUCAUCACUCAAACAAAUGACUCUGUAUUACCCAUUGCAAAGACAUCAGCAUUUCCAUCAGUUAGACCUACAGAUCUGACGAGGAUAUUAUCCCAAGACAACUCUUCUCAUCUUUUAUCAUCAGCCUGUAAUUACACUUUUAGGGAGAAAAGUUCUGGUGCCCAAGAAAGCAGUCAUUUCUUACAAGGAGCCAAAAGAAAUGACCUAUCUUCAGCUAUGCUAACUUUGGAUGUGAUCAGAGGUCAAGAAAAGGUCAUCCCCCUAAGUGCCACAGACCCACUCAAGUACGAGAAACUUGAGAACACUGUUCUCCUGAAACCAGGCUUACCUGAAGCAUUUGGAAAAGUUGAAUUGCUUCCUAAAAUUCGUGUUCAUCAGGAAGACCCUUUCCCUACAGAAACCAGCAAUGGCUCUCCUGGCCACCUGGUUCUCAAGGAAGGGAUUCUCCUUCAAAAAACACAGGGAGCUAUUAAACUGAGUAAAGGAAGUAGACCUGGAAAAGUACCCUUUCUGAAAGGGGCAACAGAAAGCCCUGAAAAGAGUCUCCCCAAGUUGCUUGGUCCCCUUGCAUGGGAUAACCUGUAUGCUACCCAGAUAUCAAGAGAAGAGUGGCAAUCUCAAAAGGAGUCACCAAAAAACACAGCUUUUAAUACAAAGGACACCAUUUCUCCCCUGAAUCCUUGUGAAAGCAAUCACGCAAUAGCAGCUAUAAAUGAGGGACAAGAUAGGCUUCGAAAGAAAGCCACUUGGGCAAAGCAAAGGGAGGCUGAAAGGUCGUGCACUGAAAACCCACUGGGCUUGAAACACCACCAUUCAAGGGAAAUAACCCUUACUGCUCUUCAGCAAGAGCAAGAAAAAAUUGACUAUGAUGAUGCCCUCUCAAUUGAAAUGAAGAGGGAAGAUUUUGACAUUUACGGUGAGGAUGAAAAUCAGGGGCCCCGCAGCUUUCAAAAGAAAACACGGCACUAUUUUAUCGCUGCAGUGGAGCAACUAUGGGAUUAUGGAAUGAGUAAAUCUCCUCAGGCUCUAAGAAACAGGGCUCAGAGUGGCAGUGUCCCUCAGUUCAAGAAGGUGGUUUUCCAGGAAUUUACUGAUGGCUCCUUUACUCGACCUGUAUACCGUGGAGAACUAAAUGAACACUUGGGGCUCUUGGGGCCAUAUUUAAGAGCAGAAGUUGAAGACAAUAUCAUGGUGACUUUCAAAAACCAGGCCUCUCGUCCUUACUCCUUCUAUUCUAGUCUUAUUUCUUAUGAGGAAGAUCAGAGACAAGGAACAGAACCUAGAAAAAAUUUAGUGAAGCCUAAUGAAACCAAAUCUUACUUUUGGCAAGUGCAACGUCAUAUGGCACCCACUGAAGAUGAAUUUGACUGCAAGGCUUGGGCUUAUUUCUCUGAUGUUGAUCUGGAAAAAGAUCUGCACUCAGGCUUGAUUGGACCCCUUCUGAUAUGCCACACUAACACGCUGAACCCUGCUCAUGGGAGACAACUGACAGUUCAGGAAUUUGCUCUGCUUUUCACUAUCUUUGAUGAGACCAAGAGCUGGUACUUCACUGAAAACAUGGAAAGAAACUGCAAGGCUCCCUGCAAUAUCCAGAUGGAGGACCCCGCUUUUAAAAAGAACUAUGUCUUCCAUGCAAUCAAUGGCUAUGUGAUGGAUACACUGCCUGGCUUAGUAAUGGCUCAGGAUCAAAGGAUCCGGUGGUACCUGCUCAGCAUGGGCAGCAAUGAAAAUAUCCAUUCUAUUCAUUUCAGUGGACACGUGUUCACUAUACGGAAAAAAGAGGAGUAUAAAAUGGCAGUCUACAACCUAUAUCCAGGCAUGUUUGAGACAGUGGAAAUGCUGCCAUCCAAAGCUGGGAUUUGGCGGGUAGAAUGCCUUAUUGGUGAGCAUCUACAAGCUGGAAUGAGCACUCUUUUUCUGGUGUACAGCAAGGAGUGUCAGACUCCCCUGGGAAUGGCUUCUGGACGCAUUAGAGAUUCUCAGAUUACAGCUUCAGGACAUUAUGGACAGUGGGCCCCAAAGCUGGCCAGACUUCAUUAUACUGGAUCGGUCAAUGCCUGGAGCACCAAGGAUCCCUUUUCCUGGAUCAAGGUGGAUCUGUUGGCACCAAUGAUUAUUCAUGGCAUCAAGACCCAAGGUGCCCGCCAGAAGCUCUCCAGCCUCUACAUCUCUCAAUUUAUCAUCAUGUAUAGCCUUGAUGGGAAGAAGUGGCAGAGUUAUCGAGGGAACUCCACUGGGACCUUGAUGGUCUUCUUUGGUAAUGUGGAUUCAUCUGGGAUAAAACACAAUAUUUUUAAUCCUCCAAUUAUUGCUCAGUACAUCCGUUUGCACCCAACACAUCAUAGCAUUCGCAGCACUCUUCGCAUGGAGUUGAUUGGCUGUGAUUUAAACAGUUGUAGCAUGCCACUGGGAAUGGAGAGUAAAACAAUAUCAGAUGCACAAAUUACUGCCUCAUCCUACUUCACCAAUAUUUUUGCCACCUGGUCUCCUUCACAAGCCCGACUUCACCUUCAGGGGAGAACCAAUGCCUGGAGACCACAGGUGAAUAAUCCAAAAGAGUGGCUGCAAGUGGACUUCCAGAAGACAAUGAAAGUCACAGGAAUUACCACCCAGGGGGCAAAAUCUCUCCUUACUAGCAUGUAUGUAAAGGAGUUCCUCAUCUCCAGCAGUCAAGAUGGUCAUCACUGGACUCUCUUUCUUCAGAAUGACAAAGUAAAGGUUUUCCAGGGAAAUCAAGAUUCCUUCACACCUGUAGUGAACUCUUUAGACCCACCACUACUGACCCGCUACCUUAGAAUUUACCCCCAGAGCUGGGUACACAACAUUGCCCUGAGGCUGGAGGUUCUGGGCUGCCAGUCACAGCAGCACUACUGAGGGAAGCCACUGCAGCCCCUGCUGGUCCCCUCACUCUCCCUCUCUCUCAGUGCCCCAAGUCCAGCAUCUCACCCCAAGGCCAUCCUGGGGGGACGCAGGGCUCUCCUGGCACAUCAGCUAGUGCUCUUUCAACCAGCGUGCCCGGAGGACUGGCUAUGUGCAGGAGAGACACCUUCAUGAUGUAAACAGUUCAGAUGAGGCUUCAUCCAUUUAAACUAAAACUCUCACUUGUUCAUUAUCCUAGUCAAGCAUGGAAAGGGUGACAACACCUGAGGGAUGGAAAAUGAAAUGUGGUCAAGUCCUUCUAGCAAAACAAAACAAACUUGUUACCUAAAUUUUCUGUAUUCGGUUUUCUGAACAUGGUGCCAAAUAAGCUGAGCUGAAUUUUUCCACUAGAUAGACAUUAACUACAUGUUUUGGGGUCAUAUCAACACAGCGUUGAAGUCAAAAGGCAAGUCAUUUUGUCAAUCUAUAAAACACACAUAACAUAAGAACUAUUACUACAUUAAAGUCUAUUUUUGCCUCCUUAUAAUUAUCUUAUUUAGUCACUCUGAGGCAUUCUUAGUGGCACAUUCUUACCUCAAAAAUUAGCAUCCUUAAAGUAAAAUUACAUCCAACAUUAUGUGUGAAUGCAUAGUGCAUUUUUAAGACAACAGGGUUCAUAGCUUUAAUCAGAUUUUAAAAGCGGUGAAUGGUCUUAAAAGAGUUCAAUUUAAUCUCAGGAAAGAGAAAUAAAGUCAUUUGGUCUUAAUUCUAACUAACAAAAAUAUAACAGGUUAGGGGUCUGGAAGUAUUGGGAACCUUAAAAUAAAAUGACAAUGUCCUCUUGAAAUUUGUGGUGGCCAAAAAAGGUAAUAUCAUAAUAGACUUCUAAAGGACAGAUUUUUAAUAUUUCUGGAAAAACUGAGGCAGAUCCAUGGCGAUCUGGGAUAGGAAAUACAAAUAUUAUAACUCUAAUAAUACAAUUAUUUUAUGCCCACCCUCUCCUAAUUUUCUGUUGAAACAACACAACGAAAAUGUAACGGGGAAAUUCUGUACCAUGACUGAAAGCCAGAGAAGAGUCUCACCUACAUAGCUGAAACAUCAAGGAGCCAUAGAAGGAAACACUCCACUCUGCCACAGCCACCACACAAGAGGGACCGCCUCCACCUCCAAUAAGUUUGUGAAGGGGUUACUACUCCUUACACCCACCUGCUCCUUCACUAUAACCACAGAAACAUCCCCUGUUUGAUAAAGGGGCUAGAGAUAGGGAUAAACCAUAGAGCGGUUGGAGAAAGCAUCCAAAGUUUGUAACACAGAGUAGUUUGAAAACAAGAUUUCCUAGUACAAAAGAAAAUCGAUUCUCGUCUCAGGAAAGGCAAGAGAAACACUGCUUUUCUUUCCACGCUAGAAGAUUUCCUAAUAAGCCUGUUUGACUCUUAACUGAUCUCUUCAGGGACUGUAACUUAACUGUCACAGUAUAGUUGACUGACAGUCGACAACUGAUGAAGGUGCAAAUGGCUUACAGUCCUGUGAGGUUCUGUAAGGUUUGAGGUUAACUUACAGAAAUCAGUAAGCUGUUUUGUUUUAUAGCCCAGUACAGAAGUUAACCCCAAAGGUGAUAUGGUUUUAUUUCUUGUGAAAGGUUAACCACUCUUAAGUCUAAUUUAACCAUCUUGUUUUGGCAUUCUUUUCUCAUGGACUACAUAAACCUCUAUUUUUCAAAUGCUCUUGGAACCAGCUCUUUUAUCAUCCUGCUGGUUUCCUCCAUAAGGAGUUAAAUAAAAUACUGACAUGUAUAAACAAAUGCCUUUGUUUAAGAAGUGUGCACUUACAUUUGAAAUAAAAAUGUGAACAAACCAAAUAGAGGCACUGACUAGCAGGAUGAAUACUUCAGAAACUCAGAUACUAUUGCUAACUUCAGGGAAUCUACACCAUUUUUAUAAUGCUGGUUGAAUUAAUCAUAAGAUCACUGAGGCCAUAACAAGUUAAUUACCAGAAGAUUGGUGAGCAAAUGCAAUCUCCUAUGACAAAUACUGUUUGUAACAUUAAAUGAACAAGUAUAAUUUUCUGUCACAUUUUAUCAAACAUAGUCUCAAUAUUAUAAAUCAACUAUCUUUGGAAGAUACGUAUUAAAUCUCACUGAUACGGAAAAGCUCUGUACCCUUUUUAUUAAACAGAUUGUAUAGAAACAUCUUUAUGAUGACAAGAUGCAGAAUAAGUAUAGAUUUAACUUUAAUGUUUAUUUACUAAAUGGCUGCAGAUAUUUUCUAACCUUCCUUUGCUAUCUAAACAAGGGGUAAUGACUAACGUGGAACUCCUAGAAAUGUGUCAGCAACUUUUUUUUCUCAAAAUUUCUCUUUACGUACUAUUGAAACUUGUGGAUUAUGAUUUCAUCUCUAUUGUUAACCAAGGCUGAAACCUUUGAUCUUAUAAUUUUCUAUUUCCUCAAGCAAAGAUGAAUUCUUUGAAACAUCUUGUCAGACGAAUAGAUCACCUGCAAAGAAAAAAGAAUUAAAGUGAUAUCAAUGGUAGUCACUUGUUCUUUGUCUACCCAGCAUCCUUUCCUUUGAGAAACUACCCCUCUCCAUUUCCACAAUAUGCCUACUUGGACCCUGUUUUGUGGAACCCAUUCCACAAUAUUCUUCUUUGUGCCUAAACUACUUUCAGUUGGGUUUCUGUCACUUGCACCCCGAAGAAUACUUUUUAAGCUUCAUACUUCUCAACUGUAAUCCUAAAUGCAACAAGACAGUGAGGAAACAUUUACAAAGGUAUGCAGAAAACACUUCCUCAAUGUAACUCAAGAAUUUUUUUGAAACAGCUUUAUUGAGAUGUAAUUCACAAGCAUAUUCACAUAUAAUUCACCCCUUUACAGUGUACAAUUCAGUGGUUUUAAAAGGUUUUAACAUAUUCACAGAGUUGUGCAACUAUCAUCACCACAGUCAAUUUUAGAACAUUUUCAUCAUCUCAAAGAGAAAACCUAUACUCUUUAGCUAUGGCUCCCAUUCUGU